AUGGUCGAAGAGCCAAACAUUGCAGGCGUUCGUGUUCGAGGAUUCAUCCGGGGAUGCAUGAACGAUGUGUUGAUAGGCGGUUUCAAUCAAACGGUCGUUGGAUGGUAUCGCUGGAUGCAUCGAGACUCGUGCCGACCCUAUCGAAAGAAGGAACUUCGUAACGCUGCUGGGGCCAUCUACCGACGAUUCGCAGAUCGAAGUAGGACUUUGCCAUGCGGAUCAUUG